AUGGCAGCGCAAUAUGACCUGACCCAGACUCUUCUUGGGUACCUGGAUUCACACCUUGGACUGCCCCUUCUAUCGCAUAUUGGCACGACGAACCUUUUCAAUGCGAAAGAUUUGCUCAAAGCGCAGUACGAGCUGUCGCAACGCACUGCGAUGGUGGACUAUUCCCUUCAACUCCACAAAGAAGCAUAUCCCGGCGAGCCCGAGCCGGAGGAGAUUUCCAUGCGCCGUGAGGAAGUUGUAGCGAAGAAUGCAAAGCUUCAAAAAGAGGUGGAAAAGGUGCUGAACGUGAUUCGGGACCCUAACGUCGCGAAUGCACUGAAGCAGGACAAGGCGCUGAACUUUGACUGGCUCAAGCAGAACUACAACCUCACCUUGGACGAGAUCGACGCAUUGUACCACUAUGGUUAUUUUCAGUACUCUUGUGGCAAUUACAGCGAAGCGUCGUCGUACCUAUACCAUUUUUGCGUGCUCUCGCCUGACAACAAGUUGACUUCGUCUGCAAUGUGGGGCAAGCUCGCCUGUGAUAUACUCACUGGCGAAUGGGAGCGCGCUAUGGAUGAUGUGCGCCAGCUCCGGGAGCACAUUGAUGCGCGGCGUGCGACUGCAUCGAUAGUUGCGGGUGCUCAAGGCGAAGUUACCCAUGAGGAAAUUCUGCAGAAGCGCGCUUGGCUUUUGCACUGGAGCCUGUUUGUCUUUUUCAAUCACCCUGCAGGCCGCGUCAAGCUCGUCGAGCUUUUUCUCUCGCCGGCGUACAUGAGUACGCUACAGAUUUCUUGCCCCUGGCUGCUCCGUUACUUGGUCGUUGCGCUUGUCAUUACCCGGCGGCAAGUCACGCGCGGCUAUGUAAUCGAUACAAGCGGCUCCAGCACUGCACCGCACAACAAUUCCUCUGGGAACAUGAAGCUCACUGCGCCAGCCGCAUUGCGUGAUCUCUCCAAGACGAUUCAGAUGGAAUCAUACCGCCUGAACCCAGACCCAUUUGUCGAUUUCUUCUUCCAGCUCUAUGUGGAGCUUAACUUUGACCGCGCCCAAGAGGAACUGGCAAAGGCAAAUGAGGCAGCGACGCAAGACUUCUUUCUCCAGGAGCAUGUCAGCGAGUUUAUUGAGGAUGCGCGAUUCCUGGUCAGCGAAGUGUACUGCCGUAUCCAUCAAAAUGUCAAAAUCGAUGACCUGUCUAAGCGUCUCAACAUGAGCAAGGAAGACGGCGAAAAGUGGAUCGUUACUUUGAUCUGCGACACCAAGACGGACGCCAAGAUUGAUUUGAAGGACGGUAUUGUGCGCAUGAACCAACCGCGCUCGAUCGUAUACCAGUCGGUCAUUGAUAAGACGCGUGGUAUCACUUUCCGCACCUCAGCACUUGCACAGGCCAUGGACCGUCGUGCGCAUCCGCCGUUGGCGAACAACGAUGGCCGUCGAGGCACGCGCCAAAAUGCAAAGGCCGGCGCGAACAAGCCUGUUGCGGGAGAAAGUGCGCCUGUGGCAGAAGCAUAG